UACGCUUUCCCCAGACCUCUUGGCUUUGUUGCGCUGCACGUCUGAGUGGCAGGAGGGGGAUUGGCUAAACACCGGCUCAGGGAGCGCUUCCCCGCAGCCCACGCCAACCCACCCACCCACGCCUGGGUCGGUAGAAGUGAGCGGGGCUGAUGGAGGCGGAGAAGCGGGGCUGAAGCUGGAGCGGCGCUGGAUGUGACAGCCGCCCGCCGAGCGCCUCGCAGCUUGCGCGUGUCUGACCGCAGCUCCGGCACCGGCCCGACGAUGGAGUGCUGCCGCUGGGCAACCGCUGGCACCCUGCUUCUAGCUUCUCUCAUCCUGAGCUCCAGAACAGCUCGCUCGGAGGAAGACCGAGACUCGCUGUGGGACGCCUGGGGCUCAUGGAGCGAAUGCUCACGCACCUGUGGAGGAGGGGCUUCCUAUUCACUAAGACGCUGCCUGAGCAGCAAGACCUGUGAAGGGCGAAACAUCCGGUACAGGACAUGCAGCAAUGUGGACUGCCCACCAGAAGCAGGUGAUUUUCGUGCCCAGCAGUGCUCUGCUCACAACGAUGUCAAGUACCAGGGGCAGUUGUAUGAGUGGCUUCCCGUCUCUAAUGACCCUGACAACCCAUGCUCACUUAAAUGCCAAGCCAGAGGAACGGCUCUGGUUGUGGAGCUGGCUCCAAAAGUUCUGGAUGGGACACGGUGCUACACUGAAUCCCUGGACAUGUGCAUCAGUGGCUUGUGCCAAAUUGUUGGCUGUGACCACCAGCUGGGAAGUGCUGUCAAGGAAGAUAACUGUGGGGUCUGCAAUGGAGAUGGGUCCACCUGCCGGCUGGUUCGAGGCCAGUAUAAGUCCCAGCUCUCUGCAAGCAAACUGGAUGAUACAGUGGUUGCUAUUCCCUAUGGAAGUAGACAAAUUCGCCUUGUGCUGAAAGGACCUGAUCAUUUAUAUUUAGAAACUAAGACUCUCCAAGGUGUGAAGAGUGAAAACAGCCUCAGCACCACUGGCUCCUUCCUUGUAGAAAAUUCUAGCAUUGAUUUCCAGAAGCUUCCUGACAAGGAGAUCUUAAGAAUAUCUGGGCCUCUCACUGCAGACUUUACUAUCAAGAUCCAUUAUGCUGGUGCUGCUGACAGUUCAGUCCAGUUCAUCUUCUACCAGCCGAUCAUUCACAGAUGGAGGGAAACUGAUUUUUUCCCUUGUUCAGCAUCCUGUGGUGGAGGUUAUCAACUGACAUCUGCUGAGUGCUUUGAUCUGAGAAGCAACCGGGUAGUAGCAGAUCAAUACUGUCACUAUUAUCCUGAAAAUAUCAAGCCAAAGCCAAAACUUCAAGAGUGUAAUCUGGAUCCUUGUCCUGCAAGUGAUGGAUACAAGCAGAUCAUGCCCUAUGACCUCUACCAUCCCCUUCCUCGAUGGGAAAGUACCCCCUGGACCGCCUGUUCCUCAUCCUGUGGAGGGGGCAUUCAAAGCCGCAGCGUCUCCUGUGUGGAAGAGGACAUUCAGGGGCACAUCAGUCCCGUGGAAGAAUGGAAAUGCAUGUAUACUCCAAAGAUGCCUGUUGUCCAGCCUUGCAAUAUAUUUGACUGUCCAAAGUGGCUUGCUCAAGAAUGGUCUCCGUGCACUGUGACCUGUGGACAAGGACUCAGAUACCGUGUUGUCCUCUGCAUUGACCACAGGGGGAUGCAUACAGGAGGCUGCAGUACUAAAACAAAGCCACACAUAAAAGAAGAAUGUGUUGUACCCACUCCUUGCUACAAGCCCAAAGAGAAACUUCCUGUGGAAGCAAAGUUGCCAUGGUUUAAGCAGGCUCAAGAGCUGGAGGAAGGAACAGCCGUAUCUGAAGAGCCCUCCUUUAUUCCUGAGGCUUGGUCCACCUGUAGUGUCACCUGUGGAGUAGGCAGCCAGAUGAGGCUUGUGAAAUGCCAAGUGCUCCUCUCUUUCUCUCAGUCUGUGGCUGAUCUGCCCAUCGACGAAUGUGAAGGUCCCAAACCUGUGUCUCAGAGAGCCUGUUACAGUGGUCCCUGCAGUGGGGAGGCAACUGAAUACACCCCAGAGGAGACUCAGCUUUUGUAUGGCAGCUUGCAGGAGUUCGAUGAGCUCUAUGACUGGGAAUAUGAAGGCUUUACAGAGUGCUCUGAGUCCUGUGGAGGAGGUGUCCAGGAAGCUGUGGUGACCUGUCUGAACAAACAAACUAGGGAGAUUGCAGACGAAACACUGUGUGUUAGCAGCCGUCGUCCUCCACAGCUGCUGAAGUCCUGUAGCCUGGACCCCUGCCCCCCAAGAUGGGAGAUUGGGAAUUGGAGCACUUGCAGUCUUACCUGUGGGGUUGGUUUGCAGACACGAGAUGUCUUCUGUUCUCAUCUACUAUCAAGAGAGACCAACGAGACUGUGAUUUUGGCAGAUGAGUUGUGCUCCAAACCCAAGCCAUCCCUCGUGCAAGCCUGUAAUCGCUUUGACUGCCCACCCUCCUGGUAUCCUACAGAAUGGCAAGAGUGUUCACAGACCUGUGGUGGUGGUGUCCAGAAGCGAGAUACACUUUGUAAGCAGCGCCUGGCAGAUGGAAGCUUGUUAGAGCUGCCAGAAACCUUCUGCCCCAUGCCAAGGACCAUUACACAACAAGCCUGCAAAAAUGAGGAUUGUCCCAAUGAGUGGCUUCUCUCUGACUGGACACAGUGUUCAGUGAGCUGUGGAGAAGGAACACAGAGUCGAAAUGCUAUUUGCAGAAAGAUGCUGAAAACCGGGGGCUUUGUUAUCAUCAAUUCCUCACUCUGCCUCCCUUUGCCAUUCUCAUCCUUGAUCAGGCCCUGUUCACGAGGCCCCUGUGCACGACACAACAGACCGGCUCAUAAGCAAAGCCCCCAUAUUAUGGCUGUAAAGCAAGUUUACAUCCAGACGAGGAAGCAGAAGAAACUGCACUUCAUUGUGGGUGGAUAUGCCUACCUGCUGCCCAAAACUUCUGUUAUUCUCCGAUGCCCUACCAGGAGGUUCCGGAAAUCAAUGAUCACUUGGGAGAAGGAUGAUAAGAGGCUUGUCAGUUCAGCUCACAUCACCAUCGCACCCUAUGGGUACAUGAAAAUCCAUCAUCUGAAGCCUUCAGACACUGGGACAUACACCUGCACAGCAGGGCCAGCCCGGGAGCAUUUCGUAAUUAAACUGAUUGGAAGCAACAAGAAGAUCAUUGCUGGGCAGCCAGCUGGUAUUAGGGAGGAAGAAGUCAUGAGAAAGGCCAGCUUGAAUGAUGCCUUGCGAACAGAGGAUAAACAUCUCAAUGGGAUUUUCUUCAAUGGAAGCAAGGCUGAAAAGCGAGGGCACCUUGCUAACCCCAGCAGAUGGUAUGACAAUAUUGUCUCAAGGCUGCUACAGCUCAGGGGCUGGCCAGCAGAAAAUUUGGAGUCCUGGGAAGCCCAGGAGUCUGUGGAGAGAAACGCAUCCUCAGAAGAGGACCAGAGCCAAGAGCAUAGCCUGCCAUUUACUAUGGUCACAGAGCAGAAACGCUUGGAUGAUAUCAUAAGAAAUUUGUCUCAACAGCCUGAGGAGCUUAAAGAUAUCUUUACUGAGCAUCUUGUUGUACACCUGGCUCAUGAGGUUUUCAAGAGCUACUUGGACCACCAGGAAUCUGUCCUCAAAGCAUCAAGGCGCAAAGUUGAUUCAGCCUCACUGGAGUACCCUUUCCACAGACGCGUUUCUGGAUUUACCAGCUCCCUGAGGACAUCAUCUGCUGAAACAUUUAUUCCCACCUCUGUAGACCUGGCAAAUGGUUUGCACAGGCCUCAUCAAAAGCCUGCCAUCCUCCGAAAGAUUUCAGCAGCACAACAACUUUCUGCUUCAGAGGUUGUCACCCACCUGGGACAGACAGUGGUCCUAGCAAGUGGCACACUGAGUGUGCUGCUUCAUUGUGAAGCAGUGGGAAACCCAAAGCCCACCAUCAGCUGGGCUAAGAAUGGAGAGGAAGUGAAAUACAAUGAUAGGUUGCUCCUUCAGCCUGAUGACUCCUUGCAGAUUCUAGCACCUGUGGAAGCUGAUGUGGGUUUCUAUGCUUGCAAUGCAUCCAAUGCCCUGGGAUCUGACUCCGUCUCCAUUGCUGUCACCCUAGCAGGAAAGCCACUGAUAAAGGCAUCAAGAGCUACCAUGAUCAACACUGAAUCACCUGCUGUCACUGUUGAUAUUGGAAGCAUGCUGAAAACAAUCCAGAAAGCAAAUGUUAGCAUUAACUGCCAGGUUGCAGGUGUUCCUGAAGCAAAAGUUACUUGGUUUAAGAACAAGGUCAAGCUGUCCUCUACUCAUCAUCUGCAUAAUGGGUUGCUGUUAAUAGCAAAUGUUUCUCUAUCAGAUCAAGGGUUAUACUCCUGCAAGGCAUCCAAUCUUCACGGGGAAGUAACUGAAAGCUCCCAGCUGUUGGUUCUUGAGCCUCCACGACCUCUUCCUUACCUAGAAGACUUGACAGCAGUGCUUAGCAGUGCUGGGCCCAGCACCCAUUCAGUGCUGACUUCUCCUUCAGGAACAAAACUGACUGUCAGUCCAGGGAGCUCUGCUCUCAUAGGUUGUGCUGUUGAUGGACAUCCAACCCCAAACAUCACCUGGCUUUACUCUGGUGAGCCUCUCAGUCUGCAACAUCAACUCCUGGCAGCAGGACGGAUUCUUCACAUACUCAAUGUCAGUGAUUUCACUGAUGGUGAAUUCAGCUGCCUUGCUCAGAAUGAGGCUGGCUCACUCACACAAGUAGUGACCCUGGCUAUACAAGAGUACCGGUGGUCAGUGGACAAACUGACAGCUUGUUCGGCCUCCUGCGGCCACAGAGGGCUGCAGCUGCCCCAGCUGAGGUGUUUGCUGGAUGGGGCUGAAGUCAACACAUCCUACUGCAGAGAGACACCCAAGCCACCUCUGCAGCCCCUCGCUUGCAACAGAAGAGACUGCCCUUCACGCUGGAUGGUGACAUCCUGGUCUCCUUGCACACGGAGCUGUGGUGGAGGCCUGCAGACGCGGCGAGUGACGUGCCAGCGCCUGACAGCGAAAGGCAGCUCUGUCCCAGUGUCCAACGAGGCUUGUGCCCAGGUGUCCAAGCGCCCUGUGGACACACAGAGCUGUAACAGGCAGCCCUGUGUUGAGUGGGCAGCCUCCUCCUGGGGCCAGUGUAACGGGCCUUGCAUUGGACCACGACUGGCUGUACAGCACCGACAGAUAUUUUGCCAGACCAAAGAUGGGACUUCUGUGUCAUCUGAUCAAUGCAGUUCCUUACCAAGGCCGCUGAGCACCCAGAACUGCUGGACCGAUGUCUGCGGUGUGCACUGGAGGGUCAGCCUAUGGACCGUCUGCACGGCCACGUGCGGGAACUACGGCUUCCAGUCGCGGCGCGUGGACUGCGUGCACGUCCGCACCAACAAGCCCGUCAUGGAGCACCACUGCUCCUGGAGGCCCAGACCAGCAAACUGGCAGCGCUGCAACAUCACACCCUGUGAAAACGUGGAGUGCAGAGACACCACAAGGUACUGUGAGAAAGUGAAGCAGCUCAAACUCUGCCAGCUCACCCAAUUUAAAUCACGUUGCUGUGGGACUUGUGGAAAAUCUUGAAGACAGACGAGAUGAAAAUGGAGGAACAAGGGGAUCACAGCCUUUUCUUCACCGAGCAAAGGCUUUUGCAGAAAAUACAGAUGGAUGGAAUGAUCUUUUUCAUUUUAUUUAUUUAUUUCCCUUAAAAAAAAAAAAAAACUUUAACAAAUCAUUGUAAAGGGACUUGACAAGUUUCCCCUACUAUGAAUCUGGGAGACAGAAUGCAGAUAAACAUGGUCAUGAGGGUAGACCACAAAGAGUCAGAGAGACCCAUGACACCAAGAAAUGGGUAUGAGAGGAGUGGAGCUUCCCCUCAAUCUCUGUACAUGCCUGCGGGACACACCAAGAGACAGGUGAGGAAGAGGAUCAGUGUCAAAACCUAGCAUCAUAUUACAGAAUCACAGAAUUAUCAAGGUCCAGGGAGAUCUUCAGGGUUAUCCAGUCCAACCAUUAACAGCACUACCAUACCUACCCUUAAACUAUCCCUGGGUGCCACAUCCAGACUCUUCUUGGUCACUACUGGAGAUGGUGACUCCACCACCUCCCUGGGCAACUUAAUCCAAUGCCCAGCCAGUUUUUCACUGAAUAUUUUUGAAAAUAUCUAAUCUUAGCCUCCCCAGCUCAAUUUGAGGCCAUUUCUUCUCAUCCUAUUGUUUGGAACAUGGCAGAAGAGGCUGACCCCACCUCAUUACAACCUCCUUUCAGGCAGUUGUAGACAGCAAUAUGGUCACCCCUGAGCCUCCUCCCAGCUAAACAGCCCCAGCUGCCCCAGUUUUUCCUUAUAGGAUGUGUCUUUUAGAUCUUUCACCUGUUCUCUUGCCCUUCUCUGGAUAUGCUCCAGCGCCUCAGUGUCUUUCCUGCAGUGAGGGGCCCAGAAAUGAGCACAGGAUCUGAGGUGCAGCCUCACCAGUGCCAAGGACAGAGAGACAAUCACUGCCCAGGUCCUGCUGGCCACACUAUUGCUGACACUGGCCAGGAUGUCAUUGGCCAUCUCGGGCACCUGGGCACAUGCUGGCUCACAUUUAGUCAGGUGUUGACCAGCACCCCCAGGUCUCUUUCUGCUGAGCAGCUCUCAUCUCUCUUAGACUACCUUGAGAACACAAGCACAUGAGUUUGCUCUAUAAGCUUACAUCCAAGAUUGGAAGCAUUUUUAAUUUCUAAACCCCUCUCUCCUUCCUACACCAGGCAAGAGACAUCCUUGUGAUCUUUGAGGAUCUGGUGUCUGAAGAAGUUGAACAAUGUUCUAUAACAUAAGUGGGUCUAAAAUUCACCUGAAAAUGUUUCCAGUUUGAGUUUGUAAGGGAGGAUUGGGGACUUAAGAGUUGUCCUCAGCACAGAGGUGUAGUGGUUGAUGUAAAUAAUUAACCAGCAAAAGGAGUACAAGUAUGAUGACAGACUUAAGUACAAACUUGUAAACACUGUUCCCUAGAGAGCAUAGGCAGGAAAGAUAGAAAUUAUAUGUGAUAAACAGGAGACACUUUGAAUACUGCAUCCUGCUAGCACUUAUUUAGAAAGAAAAAAGGUACUACUUCCCAAAGUUCUGGUACUUUCAGACCUGGGGUUUUGUAAAAGAACUUGAAGUGGGUUUUUCUAUUUUGUUAACAUGAAAUUUCUCUUUUCUGGCAGCCAAGCCUUUUGGAUAACUGGUAGGAAAAGAACUUUAUUCUGAAUUUUCAUGGUUGUUACUACUCAGUUGAAACAGAAUCACUUUAGCAUCAGCCCCAUUGGACUAAUGCAAAUAAUUUGUAAGAAUCUUGGUCCUCUCCAGCUGCCUCCCACAACAAAACAGGUACUAUAAAGCAGAUCUUUAAGUCCAUGUAUAACACCUUGAAGAUACAGUCUAAAAAGUGAGACUCAAACAUCACACUCACAGCAUGAUUUUGCAUGCAGGCCAUGAGUCUUUCCUCCUGGCCAGCUGCAGUGGAUAUUCAGCUAGUGAAGUGCUAUAUGGUAUUAGUUCCUGGGCAUUCUCUGCUCUGCUCAGAAAAAAAAAAAAAAAAAAAAAUUAGAGGAAAUCUACAAAGAGGAGAGUUUGAGAAUUGUGGAAAUUUAGAGGAGAACUACCUGAUCUCAGGUUUUGCUUCAAGACCUUCUCUAAAUGAAAGGUUUGGUUGUGCCUCUCCUAUAACUCCUGCUGGGGCUAGUGCCUUGUGGUAUAUUUAUGAAAUGCUGUUCAAGUUCUGCUAUGCUACAGCUUUCAUGGUAUGUGGAUUUUUCAGUAAAAAUGGGGUCCAUUAUUGAGGUCAGUGCCAGGUUCAUGACAUUAAUCUGUCUCAAAUUGGCUUUCUUCAAAACACAUCUGGCAGUGAAUGCUCUUGGUAGAAAUGGGUCUUCAAGAAAUAAGUAUCAGUGCAAAUUUUUAUUUAAAAAAAGACAGAAUGACUUUCUGUGUAUGUAAAUGUAUAUCUUUUCUGUAUAUUUAUUAGGAUUUCUUGUAUAAAAAGUGCAAUAUUAAUAAUUGUACAUUAUUUUGUCUAGAUAAAACUAUUUUGUUUUUUAAUCUCCCCAGAAUUUUGUUCCUCUAAAAUCAACAGCAAUAGUGUAUUUCUCUUAAUUUUAAUAGCACUUGCAUUUAAUUGGGGAUCUGCUUCACUGUGCACAGAGUGCUUUAUAGAUAAUGACAAGAGGGAGGCAUGAUGUUUUUAACUUGUGAAAUUAUAAGUAUGCAUGGAAUGAAGGACAAUUCCUUAAUAACAUAAUAAUAGCAAUGAUGAUGAUGACGAUGUGAUGGAUAUUUUUGAUACAUUAGGUAACAAAAUGCAGCAUGGGGAAGUAUUUUCUAUUGUGUAAAAGCAAAAUAUGCUCAAGCUAUCACAUGUUCCAUUGUAUCUGUGUAACUGAGCACAGGAUGAACACAAAGGAUCUGAUCUGGUGGGGCCACUGUGUUGUCUCUGCACAGUGUGGAUUUAAUUUCACAUGUCUGUCUUCUGAAUUGUGACUUGGCAGCAUCUCAGUAAUAUAAGGAUUACUGGUUAUUUUUUAAAAGGAUGCUUUCUCUAAAGAGAAAACAAAACAGCAAACUUGUAUUUAUAUAACUUUUUGUACAAGUAAUGCAGCUUACUUAUUUAAUUACAACUGUCUGACGUGUUGUUUUUUAAUCUUAAAAACAAAAGCCAAAGUAGCAAA